ACCGCUUCGUUAGUGGAGAGGUAGCUGGCAGUCCGCUUCGGCGGGCCUGUGCCCCGCGCCGUUCUCGGGGCCUCCCUGCUGAGCUCGCGGCUCACGCUGAGAGGGACACGCAGUGACGAGCGGCCGAAGCAGCUUUGCGGUUUUGUGGUGCAUCCCUGAGCAUGAGCACAGAAUGAAGCGGCGUUUGGAUGACCAGGAGUCACCGGUGUAUGCAGCUCAGCAGCGUCGGAUCCCUGGCAGCACAGAGGCUUUUCCUCACCAGCACCGGGUGCUUGCCCCUGCCCCUCCUGUGUAUGAAGCAGUGUCUGAGACCAUGCAGUCAGCUACGGGAAUUCAGUACUCUGUAACACCCAGCUACCAGAGACGGUCUCAUUCUGUCACCUGGGCUAGAGAGCAGUGGUGUGAUCACAGCUCACUGCAGCCUUGAACUCCUGGACUCAAGCAAUCCUCCUCCUUUAGCCUCUGGAGUAGGUGGGACCACAGGUGCAUGUUGCCAUGCCUGGCCAAGUUUUUAUUUUUUGUGGAGAUGGGUGUCACUAUGUUGCCCAGGCUUUCUUUUCUCUUUUUAGAGACGUGGUCUCACUCUGUGGCCCAAGCUGGAAUGCAGUGGCAUGAUCAUAGCUCACUGCAGCCUUGAACUCCUGAGUUCAGGCGAUCUUCCCAUGUAGGUUUCAGCCAUGCCACAGAGCUCCGGCAGUCAUGGGCCCGCCAUAGCAGCAGUUCAUAGCAGCCAUCAUCACCCAACAGCGGUGCAGCCCCACGGAGGCCAGGUGGUCCAGAGUCAUGCUCAUCCAGCCCCACCAGUUGCACCAGUGCAGGGACAGCAGCAAUUUCAGAGGCUGAAGGUGGAGGAUGCGCUAUCUUAUCUUGACCAGGUGAAGCUGCAGUUUGGUAGUCAGCCUCAGGUCUACAAUGAUUUCCUUGACAUCAUGAAGGAAUUUAAAUCUCAGAGCAUCGACACCCCAGGAGUGAUUAGUCGUGUGUCCCAGCUAUUCAAAGGCCACCCCGAUCUGAUAAUGGGAUUCAACACCUUCUUGCCCCCUGGCUACAAAAUUGAGGUGCAAACCAAUGACAUGGUGAAUGUGACAACUCCUGGCCAGGUUCAUCAGAUUCCCACCCAUGGCAUCCAGCCACAGCCUCAACCACCACCCCAACAUCCUUCCCAGCCUUCAGCCCAGUCAGCCCCAGCUCCUGCCCAGCCAGCUCCUCAGCCCCCACCUGCCAAAGUCAGCAAGCCCUCCCAACUGCAAGCACAUACUCCGGCCAGUCAGCAGACUCCCCCACUUCCACCGUAUGCAUCCCCACGUUCUCCGCCGGUCCAGCCUCACACACCAGUGACAAUCUCAUUGGGAACGGCCCCAUCCUUGCAGAACAAUCAACCUGUGGAGUUUAAUCAUGCCAUCAACUAUGUUAAUAAGAUCAAGAACAGAUUUCAGGGCCAACCAGACAUCUACAAAGCAUUCCUGGAGAUUUUGCACACAUAUCAGAAAGAGCAGAGAAAUGCCAAGGAAGCUGGAGGAAACUACACUCCAGCAUUGACAGAGCAGGAGGUGUAUGCCCAGGUUGCUCGUCUCUUUAAAAACCAGGAAGAUUUGUUGUCAGAGUUUGGACAAUUCCUACCAGAUGCCAACAGCUCCGUGCUUUUAAGCAAAACAACUGCUGAGAAGGUUGAUUCUGUGAGAAAUGAUCAUGGAGGCACUGUCAAGAAGCCCCAACUGAACAACAAGCCGCAGAGGCCCAGCCAGAAUGGCUGCCAGAUCCGCAGACAUCCUACAGGAACCACCCCUCCAGUUAAGAAGAAACCCAAACUGCUCAAUCUGAAGGAUUCCUCUAUGGCCGAUGUCAGCAAACAUGGUGGUGGAACAGAAUCGUUAUUUUUUGAUAAGGUCCGAAAGGCUCUUCGGAGUGCAGAAGCCUACGAAAAUUUCCUACGCUGUCUUGUUAUUUUUAACCAGGAGGUGAUCUCUCGUGCUGAGCUUGUGCAACUAGUCUCUCCUUUCCUGGGGAAAUUCCCUGAGUUGUUUAAUUGGUUUAAAAACUUUCUGGGCUAUAAGGAGUCUGUACAUCUGGAAACUUAUCCAAAGGAGCGAGCCACAGAGGGCAUUGCUAUGGAGAUAGAUUAUGCUUCUUGUAAACGAUUGGGCUCCAGCUAUCGAGCCUUACCAAAGAGUUACCAGCAGCCCAAGUGUACAGGACGGACUCCUCUCUGUAAAGAGGUUUUAAAUGAUACCUGGGUUUCCUUCCCUUCGUGGUCUGAGGACUCUACCUUUGUGAGUUCCAAGAAGACUCAAUAUGAAGAACAUAUUUAUCGUUGUGAAGAUGAACGCUUUGAGCUUGAUGUAGUUUUAGAGACCAAUCUGGCAACAAUCCGGGUUCUGGAAGCAAUACAGAAGAAGCUUUCCCGCUUGUCUGCUGAAGAACAAGCCAAAUUUCGCUUGGACAACACCCUUGGGGGCACAUCAGAAGUUAUCCAUAGAAAAGCACUCCAGAGGAUAUAUGCUGAUAAAGCAGCUGACAUCAUUGAUGGUCUGAGAAAGAAUCCCUCCAUUGCUGUUCCAAUUGUCCUUAAAAGGUUGAAGAUGAAAGAGGAAGAAUGGCGAGAAGCACAGAGAGGCUUUAACAAAGUAUGGCGAGAACAAAAUGAGAAAUACUACUUGAAGUCUCUGGACCACCAGGGGAUCAACUUUAAACAGAAUGACACCAAGGUCCUGAGGUCUAAGAGCUUACUCAAUGAGAUUGAGAGUAUCUAUGAUGAGAGGCAAGAGCAGGCUACGGAAGAGAAUGCUGGUGUACCUGUUGGCCCACACCUCUCACUUGCGUAUGAAGACAAACAAAUACUGGAAGAUGCUGCUGCUCUGAUUAUCCACCAUGUGAAGAGGCAGACAGGCAUUCAGAAGGAGGACAAAUAUAAGAUAAAACAAAUCAUGCAUCAUUUUAUUCCAGAUUUGCUCUUUGCCCAAAGAGGUGAUCUCUCAGAUGUGGAGGAAGAGGAAGAAGAAGAGAUGGAUGUAGAUGAAGCCACAGGGGCAGUUAAGAAGCACAAUGGUGUUGGGGGCAGUCCCCCUAAGUCCAAGUUACUGUUUAGUAACACAGCAGCUCAAAAAUUAAGAGGAAUGGAUGAAGUAUACAACCUCUUCUAUGUCAACAACAACUGGUAUAUUUUUAUGCGACUGCACCAGAUUCUCUGCCUGAGGCUGCUACGGAUUUGUUCCCAAGCCGAACGGCAAAUUGAAGAAGAAAACCGAGAGAGAGAAUGGGAACGGGAAGUGCUGGGCAUAAAGCGAGACAAGAGUGACAGCCCUGCCAUUCAGCUACGUCUCAAAGAACCUAUGGAUGUUGAUGUAGAAGAUUAUUACCCAGCUUUCCUGGACAUGGUGCGGAGCCUGCUGGAUGGCAACAUAGACUCAUCACAGUAUGAAGAUUCACUGAGAGAGAUGUUCACCAUUCAUGCCUACAUUGCCUUUACCAUGGACAAACUGAUCCAGAGCAUUGUCAGACAGCUGCAGCAUAUCGUGAGUGAUGAGAUCUGUGUGCAGGUGACUGACCUUUACCUGGCAGAAAAUAAUAAUGGGGCCACCGGAGGCCAGCUGAACACACAGAACUCAAGGAGCCUCCUGGAGUCAACGUAUCAGCGGAAAGCUGAGCAGCUAAUGUCAGAUGAGAAUUGCUUUAAGCUUAUGUUUAUUCAGAGCCAAGGCCAGGUCCAGCUGACUAUUGAGCUUCUGGACACAGAAGAGGAGAAUUCGGAUGACCCUGUGGAAGCAGAGCGCUGGUCAGACUACGUGGAGCGAUACAUGAAUUCAGAUACUACCUCGCCUGAGCUUCGUGAACAUCUAGCACAGAAACCAGUAUUUCUCCCCAGGAAUCUACGGCGGAUCCGGAAGUGUCAACGUGGUCGAGAGCAGCAGGAAAAGGAAGGGAAGGAAGGAAACAGCAAGAAGACCAUGGAGAAUGUGGAUAGUCUGGAUAAGCUGGAGUGUAGAUUCAAGCUGAAUUCCUACAAGAUGGUGUAUGUGAUCAAAUCAGAGGACUAUAUGUAUCGGAGGACUGCCCUGCUCCGGGCUCAUCAGUCCCAUGAGCGUGUAAGCAAGCGUCUACAUCAGAGAUUCCAGGCCUGGGUAGAUAAAUGGACCAAGGAGCAUGUGCCCCGUGAAAUGGCAGCAGAGACCAGCAAGUGGCUCAUGGGUGAGGGGCUGGAGGGCCUGGUGCCCUGUACCACCACCUGUGAUACAGAGACCCUGCAUUUUGUGAGCAUUAACAAGUAUCGUGUCAAAUACGGCACAGUAUUCAAAGCCCCUUAACUGCAAAGCCAGAGCAGAUAACUUGGGGUGUGUGUGGGGGUGUGUGUGUGGGCCUAUGCACUCACACACUGAAGAAACAAGGAAGAUGCCUUUCAAGCCUCACUGGGCCUCUCUGGGACAUGGCCACCUGACCUGUGUGUGGCUGGUGCAGCCUGGCACCAAGUGGGCUACCUGUUAGGAACAUGAAUACCUUACAAAGCUGAAGCUGGAACUUUUCCCAAAGGGUUUUGGGUAUAGCCUGCCCUGGAGGGGAAGGAAGUCCAUGCAAGCAAAGACAUGCAGUUUGCUUGCACACACCAGCAGAGCUAAGACUGGAGUCUCCUGUGGCCUAACUUUCAAUGAGGGAACCGGAUGCUGUUCACACUUUGACUGGAUGGAGAUGCAUUUACAAAACAGACUGGAGAAGGACUUAAUACUCAGAUGGAUUGGAACUAUCAUGGUCACUGCUCCUCUCCCCUCCCCACAAAAGGAAAAAAAAGCUGGAUUUGAUUUUUUUUUUUCUGGUCACUCGAGCACAUCUAAGAUCACCCAUUAGGUUUUAUCUGGGACCUGCAGUUUGGCUUUGGGAUUGAUCAUCUUGUGGAUUUUAUUCCUGACGAUUCCCUUGCUGCCUACCCUUUUCUCUCCUCUGGUUCUCAACCUCAACGAGUUCAAAUCAGUCGUCCUUUUUAGCUCCCGUGGAACUGUUUUGUAUCUGCCUCUUUACUAGUCUACCUUAGUGCCAUCCACCAGCUUUACUCUCUGACACACACACGCACACACACACACAAUUUUAACUUGUUUUUUUGUACAUAAUGUACAUACUGUCAAUUUUUUAUUAAAAGAAAUAUGCUUUGAUGUGCUAGCAUAACUGCUCUAGCUUCUUGUGUACCAUAGUACUGUGGCUUCAGAUUUAGUACCUAUGAACAGAUGUACAAGACAUUUAUUACACUUUUUACCAAAGGGAGUUACCAUUGUAGUACUUUUGUGUAAAACUUGUCUUCCCCUUUGCCCCCAACUUUUUUUUUUUUUUUUUUUUUUGUAAAUAAAUAAAGCUUGGUUCUUACUUAAGGAAUAAA